ACUCCUUCCUUCCGCAUUUGUUUACCUGCAGCAGCUCCGCGCGUAUAUAUGGGCGUUUGCUAACUUAAGUGUUAACAAACUAAAGUAUUAAUUUGUGCUCUUAAGCCGGUCAUGGGAACAAUUUAACACUGCCAGGAAAGCGAGAGACGGAAAAGGGACAUGAGACUGAAAAGUUUAUCCAAAGAAUAGACAUUUAAAGUUAAGUUUAGUUUUUUAUCUUACGUUUUCGCGUUCCUGCUCACAAUGGGAUGCUGUACCAGCACAGAGGGUAAACGUGAUUGGAAACCGCUGGAGGAGCGCAGCUGUACGGAUAUCCCAUGGCUCAUCCUCUUCACAGUGUUCUGUGUUGGCAUGGCAUGUAUCUGUGGCUAUCCCAUUGCCACAGGUGCUGCCUCUAGGCUCGUCUCAGGAUAUGACAGUUAUGGCAACACCUGCGGUCACAAUAACACCAAGAUUGACGGAGUACCUCUCAGUGGCCAGGACAUGAGGGAAAACAAAUUUGUCUUCUUCCUGGACCCUUGCAACCUCGACCUCAUUAACAGAAAGAUCAAGUCCAUCGCUCUGUGUGUCUCCAAAUGCCCUGCUUCUGAACUGAAGACUUAUGAUGAUUUAAAGAAGUUUGCUCUAAAUAAUGGCACACAGCUCUGUUCUUAUGAUAUUUCUCCAACAAGAUACACAGGCCAUUCAGAAAGAUUCACUAAAUGUCCCAAACUCCCUGUUUCAAAAAGUAAGGCUCUCCCAGUGUUUGACCGCUGUAUCCCAGUGGACAUUGGCUGCUAUGCUGAAUUUAUUCAGUCAUUCAUCACAUUUGUCAGUGACAACGAUGUGCUGCGACGUGUCGUUUCUGGGGUCAUGGCCAGCAAGGAGAUCAUCAUGGGUCUUUGUAUUCUGGCUUUAGUUCUGUCCCUGAUCAUGAUGAUCAUCAUCCGUUACAUCUCCAAAGUGCUGGUGUGGAUUCUAACGAUCCUCGUCAUCAUCGGCUCAAUAGGUGGGACAGGCGUCCUCUGGUGGCUGUACGCUGACCACAGGAUUGCUCUCGACAAUAAUACCACAUCUGCGUUAGGGAAUGAAGUUGCCUCAGACAAUGUCAAAGCCCUCCUUGUGUACGCAAUUGGUGCUACAAUUUUCACGGUGAUUCUCCUGCUGGUGAUGUUCUUCAUGAGGAAGCGAGUGGCGCUCACUAUCGCUCUGUUCCACGUGGCGGGGAAAGUGUUCAUCCACCUGCCUUUGCUGGCCUUGCAGCCAUUCUGGACUUUCCUCUGCCUCAUGCUCUUCUGGGUCUACUGGAUUGCCGUGCUUCUCUUCCUCGGGACUACAGGAACACCAAUAAAGAACAACUCUACAGGUGUGGUCGAAUAUCAAAUGCAAGGACCCUUUCAGUACCUGGUGUGGUAUCACGCUGUGGGUCUCAUCUGGAUCAGCGAGUUCAUUCUCGCGUUCCAGCAGAUGACCAUCGCGGGAGCUGUCGUCACCUACUAUUUCACAAGGAAUAAAUCCCAGAUGCCAGUAACUCCCAUCCUUUCUUCCAUGGCACGAACCUUCCGCUACCACCUGGGCACUCUGGCCAAAGGCUCCUUCAUCAUCACACUUGUAAAGAUCCCUCGUUUAAUCCUGACUUACAUCCACAGCCAGCUUAAAGGAAAGGAAAACGCUUGUGCUCGUUGCAUGCUGAAAGCAUGUGUCUGCUGUUUAUGGUGCUUGGAGAAGUGUUUAGCAUACUUGAAUCAAAAUGCUUACACUGCAACAGCCAUCAACAGCACCAGUUUCUGCACCUCAGCCCGUGAAGCGUUUCUGAUCCUUGUGGAGAACGCCCUCCGCGUAGCCGCCAUUAACACCGUGGGCGACUUUGUCCUCUUCUUGGGAAAGGUGCUCAUCGUCUCCUGCACAGCUUUCGCUGGCGUCCUGGCUCUGAAUUACCAGAGGGACUACGCCGUGUGGGUGCUGCCUCUCCUCAUUGUCUGCGUGUUUGCCUACCUGGUGGCUCACUGCUUCCUUUCUGUGUUUGAGAACGUGGUUGAUGUCCUCUUCCUCUGCUUUGCUGUGGACACAAAGUAUAAUGAUGGCAGCCCUGGACGGGAGUACUACAUGGACAAGGCCUUAAUGGAAUUUGUUGAGAACAGUAAGAAACAGGGUCGGUACAAGGCAGGUGACGGAGACGGACGGGAGAUGAAGUCCAUGACACGUGGGGGAACUUUAGCUUAACCUUGUGAUGGAGAGUCAAAACCACUAAAAGUCCUCCGAAGCUCAUCUCGGCUCACCUGCAUUUCACCUCCAGGAACUUCUGGAAAAUAACAAUGCCUUUUUUUUUAUAGAAACCUAACUCAGCUUCAGUGAAAGAUGUGUUUUUGUUGUUGAUUUUUGAGAAACAGGGGUUUCAAUGUUGCAAUGUUGCGGUUGACACAAACAGAUGAAUAACAUGUGUUUUGUUAUAUUAAUGACGGGUCUUGUUUUUUGUUUUUUUUAUCUGUACACCAAAGGUUUCCCUUUUUAUUGGAUUCUUUUUAAGUAAUAUGCGUGAUGUAACAUGGUUUAACAUGUUUGUUUUUGUGUGUUAGUCAUUUUAAAAUGUGUACAUUAAGAAAUGGUUGCCUCAGUGCGUUUUGUUACAUUUCUUCACGUUUAUUGCUCAUAAAAUUUUCUACUCAAAAAGAACAAA